CUGUGUUUCUCAGGGACUGCCAGAAGGCAUGGGGAAAGGCGGUCCAAAGCUGGGUCGUGGGUGCUGACUGUUUUUACGCCCUAGGACUCUUCUGUGACGAUACAGGCAUGAUUUCCCAGAUCUCUUACUCGGCGGCGGAUCUUAAGGGGAUUAUUCCUGACAGCAUCUCCUCUCUCGCUGCACUAAGUGUUCU